GGGGCGGGGGCGGGAGGCAGCAGCGCCCCCGCACUCCCCGCGUCUCGCACACUUGCACUGGUCGCUCGCGCGCAGCCCGGCGUCGCCCCACGCCGCGCUCGCUCCUCCCUCCCUCCUCCCGCUCUGUGGCUCCCGCGCUCCUGGCGAGGCUCAGGCGCCGAGCGCGCGGACAGGCGCACCGACAGACGGCCCCGGGGACGCCUCGGCUCGCGCCUCCCAGGCGGGCUAUGUUGAUUGCCCCGCCGGGGCCGGCCCGCGGGAUCAGCACAGCCCGGUCCGCGGCCCCGGCGGCCAACCGGGACUAUGAACCGGAAAGCGCGGCGCUGCCUGGGCCACCUCUUUCUCAGCCUGGGCAUGGUCUACCUCCGGAUCGGCGGCUUCUCCUCAGUGGUAGCUCUGGGCGCAAGCAUCAUCUGUAACAAGAUCCCAGGCCUGGCUCCCAGACAGCGGGCGAUCUGCCAGAGCCGGCCCGACGCCAUCAUCGUCAUAGGAGAAGGCUCGCAAAUGGGCCUGGACGAGUGUCAGUUUCAGUUCCGCAAUGGCCGCUGGAACUGCUCUGCACUGGGAGAGCGCACCGUCUUUGGGAAGGAGCUCAAAGUGGGGAGCCGGGAGGCUGCAUUCACCUACGCCAUCAUUGCCGCCGGCGUGGCCCACGCCAUCACAGCUGCCUGUACCCAGGGCAACCUGAGCGACUGUGGCUGCGACAAAGAGAAGCAAGGCCAGUACCACCGGGACGAGGGCUGGAAGUGGGGUGGCUGCUCUGCCGACAUCCGCUACGGCAUCGGCUUCGCCAAGGUCUUUGUGGAUGCCCGGGAGAUCAAGCAGAAUGCCCGGACUCUCAUGAACUUGCACAAUAACGAGGCAGGCCGAAAGAUCCUGGAGGAGAACAUGAAGCUGGAAUGUAAGUGCCACGGCGUGUCAGGCUCGUGCACCACCAAGACGUGCUGGACCACACUGCCACAGUUUCGGGAGCUAGGCUACGUGCUCAAGGACAAGUACAACGAGGCCGUUCACGUGGAGCCUGUGCGUGCCAGCCGCAACAAGCGGCCCACCUUCCUGAAGAUCAAGAAGCCACUGUCGUACCGCAAGCCCAUGGACACGGACCUGGUGUACAUCGAGAAGUCGCCCAACUACUGCGAGGAGGACCCGGUGACCGGCAGUGUGGGCACCCAGGGCCGCGCCUGCAACAAGACGGCUCCCCAGGCCAGCGGCUGUGACCUCAUGUGCUGUGGGCGUGGCUACAACACCCACCAGUACGCCCGCGUGUGGCAGUGCAACUGUAAGUUCCACUGGUGCUGCUAUGUCAAGUGCAACACGUGCAGCGAGCGCACGGAGAUGUACACGUGCAAGUGAGCCCCGUGUGCACACCACCCUCCCGCUGCAAGUCGGAUUGCUGGGAGGACCGGACCGUUUCCAAGCUGCGGGCUCCCUGGCAGAUCACUGCCUGGAUCUUCACAGGGAACCGCAGGAAUGCUGAGCUUGUCUUUUCUGCUGAGGAGGGUACUUUUCCUGGGUUUCCUGCAGGCAUCUGUGGGGGGAAAAAAAAACUCUCUCAGAGCCCUCAACUAUUCUGUUCCACACCCAAUGCUGCUCCACCCUCCCCCAGACACAGCCCAGGUCCCUCGGCGGCUGGAGCGAAGCCUUUUGCAGCAGGAACUCUGGACCCCUGGGCCUCAUCAUAGCAAUAUUUAACAAUUUAUUCUGAUAAAAAUAAUAUUAAUUUAUUUAAUUAAAAAGAAUUCUUCCACCUCGUCGGGAUCCGUUUUCUGCAAUCAAAGUGGACUGCUUGCUUUCCUAGCAGGAUGAUUUUGUUGCUAGGACAAGGAGCCAUGUAGAAGUGUACAUAACUAUUCUUUAUGCAGAAUUUCUACUAGUUGAUUUUGCAAGUACCCCCCUUGCAGCGCUAGAUGUUUAAGUACAAGAGCAGACAUCUUUUAUACAUAUAUAGAUAUAUAUACACACACACAUUUAUAUUUUUUUUGCUGUUUGCUGCUACUUAUCCAGAAAUUUAAGCUGGUCCAGAUUUGGAGACAUUUUUUCCAGAGUAUGUUUCCCAUCCUUUUGCCCUCCCCAGUUCAAACUUCACCAUUAGAAAAAUCCAGUUUGGAAUAUAUAGAAAGAGGAAUAAUAAUAAUAAAUUCCCAGCAGUUUCCAUCUUUCAGAAAGUGAGCCACCGGAUAAGAGAGAAUAUUUUGUAAGAAACUAUUUUUAUAUGAAUAUUUUAUUUAUAUGGAGUCUG